AAAAAAAUAAAGAAUCAGCUAAACAAAAAAUAUGGAAAAAUCACAUGAAAAUGAACACCCAAUUAAGGCAUUUGGAUGGGCAGCUAGAGACACUUCUGGGGUAUUUUCUCCUCUCAAUUUUUCAAGAAGGGAGACAGGUGAAAAAGAUGUGCAAUUCAAAGUUAUGUAUUGUGGAAUUUGUCAUACUGAUCUUCAUCAAAUCAAGAAUGAAUGGGGCAUCAACAAAUAUCCCAUUAUACCUGGGCAUGAAAUUGUUGGAGUGGUAACUGAGGUUGGUAACAAGGCAGACAAGUUCAAAAUCGGAGACAAAAUAGGCGUUGGAUAUCUAGUAGGAUCAUGUAACGAAUGUGAAAAUUGUAGCAACGAUCUCGAGAAUUACUGUCCUGGACAGGUAUUGACAGCCAAUGGUACUCACUCUGAUGGAACCAUCACUCACGGUGGUUACUCCGAUCUCAUGGUUGUCAACGAGCAUUUUAUCGUUGGUUGGCCUGAUAAUUUGCCAAUGGAAGCAGCUCCCCUGUUAUGUGCAGGGGUCACAACUUAUAGCCCUUUGAGAUAUUACGGACUAGAUAAACCUGGAAUGCACAUUGGUGUUGUUGGUCUUGGUGGACUUGGACAUAUGGUUGUGAAAUUUGCCAAGGCGUUUGUAACCAAAGUUACUGUCAUUAGUACAUCUAUCAAUAAAAAAGACGAGGCAAUUGAACGUUUAGGAGCAGACUCAUUUUUGGUUAGUCUUGAUCCUGAACAAAUGCAGCAUUCUGCAGGGGGUUCACUUGAUGGAAUCAUUUACACUGUUUCCGCGGUUCAUCCUAUUUUUCCAUUGCUUAAUUUGUUGAAAACCAAUAGGAAGCUAGUGAUGGUUGUUACCCCAGAAAACCACUAG